CAAGCAUUUUGGAUUUCCAACCCUUCUUCUACACUCAAAACUGUAAAUUGUUCCCGAGAGAAAAAGAGAGGAGAUCAUCGAAUUCUGUUUCAAUUUCGCAUGGGAAUGCAGAUUCAUAUGUACGUAUAAAGCCGUGCAAUUGCAUCCAUCCAGCCGAAUUUCAAGUUUUCCAGUGUGUGUGCUGACGACGCCGUUCAGAUCUGUGUGCAAAGUAGGAUUUGUUGAAACUAUUCAAGUCCUGAGGCGUUCUUCAGAAAGGAUAAUCCCAUCUGGGCCUAUAUAUUGAGAUAUGGCAGAUGAUGUGUCAAGUUUUUGGGGCCCUGUCACAUCCACACAUGAGUGGUGUGAGCCAAAUUAUGUCUACUCAUCUUAUAUUGCAGAGUUUUUCAAUACCAUCUCUAUUGCUCCAGGCAUCCUUUUAGCACUCAUUGGUCUUGUGAAUUCAUUGAGACAGCAUUUUGAGAAGAGGUUCUGUGUACUUCAUAUAUCAAAUAUGAUACUUUCUAUUGGCAGUAUGCUAUAUCACGCCACAUUACAGCGACUGCAACAGCAAGGUGACGAAACACCGAUGGUGUGGGAAAUGCUCCUUUAUAUUUACAUCCUCUAUUCACCUGAUUGGCACUAUCGGAGUACAAUGCCCACUUUUUUGUUCCUCUAUGGAGCACUAUUUGCCGUUGCUCAUUCUCUCUUUCGUUUUCACAUUGGCUUCAAAGUGCACUAUGUGCUGCUUUGUCUUCUUUGUGUUCCGAGGAUGUACAAGUAUUAUAUCCUCACAGAAGACAGAUCAGCCAAGCGACUUGCAAAGUUGUAUGUGGCCACCCUUCUUGUUGGGAGUCUCUGCUGGCUAGUUGACCGUCUGUUUUGCAAGGACAUUUCUCGUUGGUACUUCAAUCCCCAGGGCCAUGCAAUGUGGCAUAUAUGCAUGGGGUUCAACUCAUACUUUGCCAAUGCAUUCUUGAUGUACUGCCGUGCUCUGCAACGGGGAUGGGAUCCGAAGGUCAACUAUUUCUUGGGAAUUUUCGCAUAUGUGAAGAUUCAGAAACCAAAGGCUCAAUAGAAGAAGGCACUGCAGCUUGGUAGAACUGAAAAUUGUGUUUGGAAGACUGACGAAGGCAAGUUAUCUCUUCAUUUUUGUCUAUUCCAGAAUUAAAAUGCAUUGUAAAUGAUAGCUUGAUGUAAUUUGAUGAAGUUUCUGACUGUAAAAAUAGCAGUUUGGUGCUUGUACCGUAUUUAUCAACUAGUAGUAGAUUUUACUUGAACUAAUUUCAACCAACGGAAUUUCUAAUC